CUGGAAUGUGCGGCUGGACUCUCUUCUGAUUGGUUGUGCUUCACUGCUUCUGUAAGUCUCUCAGUGCUGCUGUUCACUGGGGAAUGUGGCAGUAAGAAGAGAUUCCUCCUGUACAAUUAUUUGAAGAUGGACAAAACACACGGCCUGAUGUUCCUUUUCAUCUGUGUCGGACUCGGGUGUCACAGGAUGGCACAUGCUGUUCGCAUGGAGAAACUGGCAAACAUCAAGAUCUGUGCAGACAAGGACUGUUCAUAUGUUAUUUCAAUGGCUAAAGCUCUUGAAGACUAUGUGGCUUCAGACUGCAGGUACAUAAACCUGAGAAGAGGCCAGAUGAUCUAUGUGUAUUCUAAACUCAAGCCUGUAGAGGGAGCUGGAGUCUUCUGGUCUGGAAGUGUUUACGGUGACCGCUAUGUAGACCAGAUGGGUGUCAUGGGAUAUUUCCCCAGUAACUAUGUCAAUGAGACACAUGUUUUUGAGAAGAACACUGUUGAGAUCCCAACGACGGACAUGGACUUCUUCUGUGCUUAAAGAUAGCACAACAAUAUUUCUCCACAACAAUAUUUGAAGGCCCUCUAGUGUAUUCAAAGCUUAUUUUAAUCUAUGGUCACUCCUUGUUUAUAUAAAGUAAAAUAAUUCACUAAUUAUGAAUGAAUUUAUGAAUGAAUGUUCUUUAGGGAACUCACUCUUUUUAACCAAUGGAUUUACAUGACUUUUCCAGUUGUUCACAAUAAGUAUUAAGGAGAAGGAUCUUUAAAAACAUUUUUACUCACAAUUUCUAUCCAGUAAAAUAUUUAACAGAUUGGCAUAAGAAAAAUACAUAUUCUUUACAAAAA